AUUUGUGUACAUUUUUGCGUGUGAAUCAUUCCUGCUGUGGUGCAAGGGAAUUUCGUGUUUUUGGGUUUUAUUUUUUAUAGUUUAUCGUGCCCCGUAAUUACUGGGAAGUUUUUCCAAUCUUCAAACAAGUGCUGUGCGCAGAAAUCGAUUGGCCAUGGGACUUUUCGGUAAAUCACAGGAACGCAACCCAAAGGAGCAGGUCCAAGAGUGGACGUCCAAAUUGCGGAAGGAAUCGUACGCGCUAGACAGACAGAUCCGUUCGAUCCAGCGGGAAGAGGACAAGCUGAAGCGAACGCUGAAGGAGGCCGCCAAGAAGAACGACAAGGAAGUUUGCACGAUCCUGGCGAAGGAGCUGAUCCGGUCGCGGAAGGCCAUCAACAAGAUCUACACCAGCAAGGCCCACAUCAACUCGGUCCAGCUGCAGAUGAAGAACCAGCUGGCGACGGUUCGGGUGGCCGGCUCGUUGGCCAAAUCCACCGAAGUGAUGACGGCCAUGCAGGCGCUCGUGAAGCUGCCGGAAGUGGCCGCCUCGAUGCGGGAAAUGUCCAAAGAGAUGAUGAAGGCCGGCAUCAUCGAGGAGAUGAUCGACGAAACGAUGGAAUCGAUGGAGGACGUCGAGGAGAUGGAGGAGGAAGCGCAGAAGGAAAUCGACAAGGUGCUGUGGGAGAUUACGGCCGGCAAGUUGGGUGAGGCCCCGGCGGCACCGCUUGCAGCUCCCGCCGGGGAAUCGUCGCGCGAGGCGGUAUCGGCGGAUGUCGACGAGGACCAGGAAGACGACAUGGAGGACAUGCAGAGUCGGCUGCAAGCGUUGCGCUCUUAGGCGAGGCCGCCACCAGCGCAAAUUGUGACUUAGAGUAACACAUUUUGACUAACUCCCUAAUACAUUUAGAGUUUUCCCCUCUCAUCCCUCGUUUACGUUUGCCGCUCUUUGAGAAUAAAUGUUUAAUCCUGUUUUGUAAAUAUGUUCAGACACGUCCGGGUUUUGUCUUGCUGGCACCAACCCAAUUUAGUGUGUAGUGAACGGAAAAAAAUGGUCUUCGAAGAUUCUACGCCGCAUGUUUGAGAAAUAGGGAAGCAUCGUGGUAACGUAAGAGAAUGUUAUGUGCUGUGUAAUAUUGAAAGUGGGCUUUCCUGCGAGAAAACACCACCUAAAUUGUAUUAAACAUUAGUAAUAAUUACGCAAUGAAACGCAAAUAAACUCACAAAUAAGUGAAAUGAAA